UGCUCAUUGGUAUUCAAAAUAAAAAAUUAUAUUGAACAUCGAAUACAUUUAAAUGGGUUAUUGUAAUAUUUCCGAUUGUUAUUGAAAGCAACACAGCACUUCCCCUUUUGUCCAAUGGCAUUGAGCGCUGAGCCAGAUGAUUGGUGACGAAGGCACCCGAGCGUUUAUUUUGGCCCUGCUGCUCAUUUGUCUCAGUGUCGCGCCGCCAUUAAACAACACGGAGGCUGUGUAAACCAUGGAGCGUCGCGGAUUUCUACCGUGAUUCAAGGAGGACACCAUUUCGUCAAGGUGUGGUUUUACUCGGACGACGUAAAUGUGUAUAAUGAGGUGAAGAUGUGAGAGACAAAGGGGGUCAAAAUAUCUCGGAUUGGGAAAGGUUUGACAGAGGAGCAGCAGCAGCAGGAGGAGGACUGUACACGAAAGGGUUUGUUGUGGUUUUCAGCAGCACUCGAGAAACGAGCGUAGCAGUGAUACGGUUAACCAUCAAGUGAUUCACAAUGACAGAACAGAAGGUGAAGUGGGUUUGUGACUACUGCACUUAUGAGAACUGGCCUUCAACACUUAAGUGCACUUUGUGCCGUGCUCAGAGGUCCAGGGGUCCCAUCAUCACAGAGGAACCGUACAAAAACACCCCAGCGUUGGAUGCCAGCCUAGAGUGGGACCUCCCCAGAACUGAGAGUGGCAGCAGCCUUCUUAUCUGCCCUGACUCGAGCGCUAGACCGAGAGUCAGGCCGGCUAGCAUGGUUGAGAUCGCCAAUAAGUGGUCCUGUCACAUGUGCACCUAUCUGAACUGGCCCCGGGCCAUCCGCUGCACACAGUGCCUGUGUCAGCGCCAGAGGACCAGCAGUCCGACUGAGUCUCCCCAGACUUCAGGAUCUAAUGCAGGCUGCCGUCCUGCUCCCCACUCCCCAGUGGAUACCUGUGAGGAAUACAAUGACAGAAACAGACUUAUUACCCAUCAUCAGCAUUGGACAUGCACGGCUUGCACUUACCAGAACUGGCCCAAAACCACAAAGUGUGUAGUUUGUGACCACCCCAAGCCCAACAACCAGGAAGCAAUAGAGCUGGCUGAGUCUCCUGAGCCGACACCGAUGAUCAAUGAGCAGGACCGGGCUCCAUGGAGGAGCAGUUGCAGUGGAGGCCAGGGUCAGAGAAGGUCCCCUCCUAUGCCCAAGAGGGAAGAUAAUGUGAAAAUGGACUUCCAGAGGAUAGAGCUCGCAGCUGGAGCCAUGAGCAGCAAAGAGGAGCAAGAGGUUGACUUCAAGAAGCUAAAGCAGAUUAGAAACCGGAUGAGGAAAACAGACUGGCUGUUCCUUAAUGCGUGUGCUGGAGUGGUGGAUGGCGAUCUGGCGGCAGUGGAAGCCUACAAAUCGUCCGGUGGUGACAUCGCCCGGCAGCUGACUGCCGAGGAGGUGCAGCUCCUCAGCCGCUCCUCUGCCUUUGACGUAGGCUUCACUCUGGUGCACCUGGCCAUCCGCUUCCAGAGGCAGGACAUGCUAGCCAUCCUGCUCACAGAGGUGAACCAGCAGGCAGCUAAGUGCAUCCCCUCCCUGGUUUGUCCUGAGCUCACGGAGCAGAUCCGCAGGGAGAUCGCAGCCUCGCUUCAUCAGCGCAAAGGAGACUUUGCCUGUUAUUUCCUCACUGACCUGGUCACCUUUACUCUGCCUGCAGGUACCCACAGCCUCACAAUGAUGACAUCAUUUAAAGUCUUUGUUUUCAUUGCACAUGUGCAGUACAAGUUAGAAGAGGAGUCUCCUGUCAUCAACUGGUCUCUGGAGCUGGGCACACGCCUGGACAGUCGCCUGUACGCCUUAUGGAACCGCACAGCAGGAGACUGUCUGCUGGACUCCGUUCUACAGGCCACCUGGGGCAUCUACGACAAGGACUCAGUGCUCCGCAAGACCCUCCAUGACAGCCUGCACGACUGUUCCCAUUGGUUUUACACACGCUGGAAGGAGUGGGAGUCGUGGUACUCGCAGAGCUUCGGUUUACAUUUCUCCCUCAGAGAGGAGCAGUGGCAGGAGGACUGGGCGUUCAUCCUGUCUUUGGCCAGUCAGCCUGAGCAGACGCACAUCUUUGUUCUCGCACACAUUCUUCGGAGACCCAUCAUAGUCUACGGAGUGAAAUACUACAAAAGUUUCCGUGGGGAAACGUUAGGAUACACACGUUUUCAAGGUGUGUACCUGCCUCUGUUAUGGGAGCAGAGUUUCUGCUGGAAGAGCCCCAUCGCCCUGGGUUACACGCGGGGCCACUUCUCGGCCCUGGUGGCCAUGGAGAACGACGGCUACGACAAUCGCGGUGCUGGCGCCAACCUCAAUACUGACGAUGAUGUCACAGUCACUUUCUUGCCUCUGGUCGACAGCGAGAGGAAGCUGCUGCACAUCCAUUUCCUGUCUGCACAAGAGAUGGGGAACGAGGAGCAGCAGGAAAAGCUGCUAAGGGAAUGGCUGGACUGCUGCGUGACAGAAGGAGGCAUGCUGGCAGCCAUGCAGAAAAGCUCCCGCCGCCGUAACCACCCCCUGGUCACCCAGAUGGUGGAGAAGUGGUUGGACAGAUACCGACAGAUCCGCCCCUGUGCCUCUCUUUCUGACGGCGAGGAGGAGGACGACGAAGACGAGUGAGAGAAGGAAAAGAGAGCUCUUAUAUCUGAGACUGGACACUGAGGGCUCUGGGAGAGAGAGAGAGCCCUAUCAUCUACAUGUUUUUUUUUUUUUUUUUUUUUUCUUUCUCCAAAAUGUAAAUCUUUUAACUUGUAAUAAUGCAUGUGUUCUGUGAGCUCUGUGAUAGCAAAAAAAAAAAAGAAACCAGCACCAACAUCCAGAAUCCUGAUUACUGCUCCUAUGAAAGCACUUCAAGUCUGCUUAGUUUGAGCUCCUGUCCCCAGACUUGUCCUUGUUUGUUAUCAGUCAUUAUGUCCACCUGAGAGAAAUGCCAUGAAUGAUAGAAACAUAUAUACACAAGUAAACCCUGAGGCUGCUCUAGAUGGGAAAUUUCAUUUACAGAGUUGCCUGAUAGAAAUUUAGCUUAAAACUGAGGUGAUGCUAACCCUUGUUUGUGUGUUCAGGUUGAAAGAACACUCCCCCCCCUCUGUGACCCCCCCCACCCCCACCCCCCCAUCUGAUGUUUGGAUUUAUUUAUUGUUUAGGGGAGGUGAUACCUUUCUGUCCUGCCCUGUUUUAUCUGUGUUCUGUUGGAUCCCUUUCGGUCUUGAAGUAUUUUAUUUUGCACAGAUUAUUGAGGGGGAAGGGGGGAAAGGACGCCUAAGUUUUACUGACAUUUUUACGUGUGGUUUAACGGCUCAUGGUCAUGAUAGAGUGGGUGGUGGUGAUGCUGGUGGGGAGAACAAAGAAAUGAACACUCUGCCUCUUUCAAAAGAGUGCAUUCCUAUUAAAUUUGUCUCACUUGCAUCUUC